AUGCGAAACGAAGAAGAUAAUCAGGAAGAGUCAAUGGAUAUGCUUAGCGAACAUCGUGAAAAUCAAUCAACACCAGUCGCAAAUGGUUCAAACAGUUACCGUGCUGCCGUUCAAAUGUUUCGCAAAUUUUCCUUUGACGAUUUAUAUUCAGGACGAACCAAAAAAACUCGUUCAAAUAGUCCUCGACGAAUACCAUUAUUUGAAAGAGCAUCUACGCGAUGGUGGAAUCCUCAGUUUGCAUCACCAGCUCUAGAAUCACAAUAUUGGAAGUGUAGUUUUCCACAGUUAAAAGACAGAUUUAGAUCUGGACUUCUUUAUGUUAUAUUAACAUGUAUUUUAUGGAUUACUUAUUUAUAUGCUUUUGAUCAAGUUGAUUCAUUUCAUUGGGUAACUACGUGUGGUCUCGUCUUAAUCUCAUCUGGAAUGAUGUUAUUUACAUUAUUUACAAUCCAAUAUCAACGAUUUUAUAUGCCCACUUCGUUUUUAUGUGUUUUUAUAUUAUCUAUUGUCACUUUGCUUAUAUUUUCUGACAUGUCAGAUUCUUUUAUGAGUCCAAUUGGCGCAUUAAAUACCAGCUUUCAAGUAGUUUUACUGAUAUAUACAGUUAUUCCAUUGCCACUUUAUUUAUGUAUUUUGAUUGGUGUUAUCUAUUCUGCGUUAUUCGAAUUAUUAUCUUCGAGUAAUAUUCAUUAUGGUGAUAUCCUUGGAAUGAAACUUGUGUUGCACUUAGGAAUUCAUCUUCUUGGAGUUCAUCUUUUUAUAUUAACGCAAGUUCGCCAGCGGAAGACAUUUUUAAAAGUCGGUCAGUCUUUGCUUGCAAGAAAAGAUCUCGAAAUGGAAACUCAGUUUAAGGAUCAUAUGAUUCAAUCAGUAAUGCCUAAAAAGGUGGCUGAUGAGCUAUUAAAAGAAACCAAUGUGAGGAGGUCUUCAGUUAAUCAAGAAGCUUAUUUAAGAGCGACAGAUAAUAAAAAUCGUUCUACUGGGGAUCGAAAUUAUUCAGUUGUGCCUAAUGUACGGAAAUUUCGACCAUUUACUAUGAAUUUGAUGACAAAUGUUUCCAUCCUUUUUGCUGACAUAGCGGGUUUCACUAAAAUGGCUUCAAAUAAAUCAGCAGACGAACUUGUCAAUCUUCUUAAUGACUUAUUUGGUCGAUUCGAUUAUCUUUGUGGUAAAUGUUGCCUGGAAAAAAUAAGUACAUUAGGUGAUUGCUAUUAUUGUGUGGCAGGUUGUCCUGAAGCUCGUCCUGACCACGCACGUUGUUGUGUUGAAAUGGGUCUUGCAAUGAUAAUUGCGAUCAAACAGUUCGAUAUUGACCGUGGUCAAGAGGUCAACAUGCGUGUUGGUAUUCAUACUGGCAAAGUUAUGUGUGGUAUGGUUGGCUUGAAAAGAUUCAAAUUUGAUGUGUUUUCAAAUGAUGUAACUCUUGCAAAUGAAAUGGAAUCAACUGGUAUCGCUGGUCGAGUACACAUUUCUGAAGCAACUGCCAAGUUUUUAAACAAUGAAUAUAUUUUGGAAGAAGGGAAACCUCAUGGUGGUUAUUUCGAACUAAUAAAAAUGAGAAUGAAGACAUAUUUCAUUGCUGGCCGUAUAAAGGAGACUGAUAGUUCAUCGAAGACAGCAUCUUGUUCCAUUUCAGCUAGAGAUGGUGCUGCAGUCGAUACAUUUUUAAAUCGUUCACAGAUUAGUUUUAAAAAGAGAUUAACCAAUAAGCUAAAGAUGGUGCAGACGAACUCCCUUCCAACGGAGAGAUAUGCAGGGAGUUUGAGGAUGAAACUGUUAGAAAAAAAAGAAGAGUGCAAUUCCGUUCAGAUUCUUCACCAUAGUGAAUCGCUUGAUAAAAACGGUCAGUCACAACUAGUCGAGCGUCGGAAAUCUGCGUCAUUACAAGCUUUACCAGUGGCUGAAUCAAAACCUUUCUGUAUUGCGGAGAAAAUAGGAGGAAGAAUUUCCCGUGAUCUUGUUAAUGCAUGCAAUAGUAGUGCAUGCAAUAGCGGACCGGGUUCAAAAAGCUCAGGAUUACAGGAAUCAUUUUCGGAUGCUUAUUCAGUUGGUGGUGCCAUUGAUACCAUCAUAUCUCAUCAUCAGAAUGCUCCGUCACUAACGCAUUUUGAUACAGAGAAUCGAGAUUUCGAUGAAAGGCUGGCUCAAAAUGCUGGAAUGAACUUUGCGCGUGGCUUCUGGAUGCAAGAUGAUUCGUUAAAUAGAUGGUCAUUACGUUUUAAUGAUCUCGAUAUUGAGAAUCGUUACCGUGCUCAUUUUGCAGAUUUUGCUGAUCGACAAUGGACCAAAAAAGAAACUGAGGGAAGAAGAAAAAACCAAACGGCGGUUGAUGCUGAAGAAUCAUCCACACAGUAUCGAUAUUCAGGUGUAUUUAUUGAUAUGCUUGUGGCAGGCGUUUUACUUAUUAUUUGUGCUGGCGUUACUUUUUUAACGGGAAAAUUUCACAUGGCUUUUGUCAUGUAUUUCUGUGUUUCUUUUAUUGCCGUUGUUAUUAUGAUCAUAACAAUUGGAAUACCACUUUUACGUCGUCGGAUAAUUUUUCCUUGUGUUAAUUUGUGGACGCCACGACAUGUAAUAGGAAUGAUUCUUAUGCUUCUUCCUGUUGGUAUCGCUCUUAGUAUUAUACCUCAAUAUGGUAAAACCAAUAAUUUAUCGUGCAUUAAUGCAGAAUUAUUUCUUCAACGAAUCACUUUUUCUUAUGUUUUCUUAAUCGCAUUAUUCGCUCACUGCAAUUUUUCUCAAUUAUCUGCAUGGCCGAAAACCACACAAGCCACAUUCGUUGGAAUAUUAUUUAUUAUUCUUACAUUUGUGAAUCAAUAUCAAGAGAUCGAUCUACUCGCUCAAAAUAUGACAGGUAUGUCGAAUAUUAAUUCUAAUAGUAGUACCAUUUUAGCUAUUUUACCAAUUAUGAGCGAAUUGCAAUAUGUCUGUAAUGUUUCUUUGCCUAAGUGGGCAUUUCAAGGAGCGCAGACACCGAUCUGCAUUUGGGAAAUUAUUCUUGAUAUAUUUCUUGGAGUUGUUUUGGUCGCUUUUCUCAAUUAUCAGUUUGAAGCCGCAUUUCGGAUGUCAUUUUUCGGCGAUGUUCAAGCACGAAUGGAUACUGAAAAGAUGCAAUCUGUUCGAGAUCAGGCUGACUGGUUAUUAACAAAUAUUAUCCCUCAACAUGCAAUCGAUUCGCUCAAGUCAAGUACCAAGUAUUCGGAAAAUCAUUCCAUGACUGCUGUUCUUUUUGCCACUAUAACUAACUGGAAUGAGAUGUAUGAAGAAACAUUCGAAGGUGGUCGUGAAUUUUUGCGCGUUUUAAACGAAAUAAUUAGCGAUUUUGAUGAACUUCUUGAUCGACCCGAUUUUUCACAAGUGGAAAAAAUCAAAACUAUUGGUGCAACAUAUAUGGCUGCAUCAGGCUUGAAUCCUGAACGCAGACGUCUUGCUUUGCAUCCUUAUGAGCAUCUUUAUCAGUUAAUCGAAUUCGCUUUGGCGCUGCAACAGCAAUUGAAUUUUUUCAAUCAGGAUCUCUUGAAUUUCGAUUUUGUUUGCAAGAUUGGAUUUAACAUUGGUCCUGUUACUGCAGGGGUUAUUGGGACCACUAAACUUUAUUAUGAUAUAUGGGGUGAUACUGUCAAUAUCGCUUCGCGAAUGUAUAGUACUGGUGUUCAAAAUAGAAUUCAGGUACCGCAGCAAACACGUGAUCUUCUCUGUGAUCGGUAUGAUUUUGAAUACCGCGAUCAUAUAGAAGUCAAAGGUAUCGAUAGUGGAAUGGAUACAUACUUGCUUGUUGGACGAAAAGGAGAACCACCUAUCAAUUUUUCAAAUUCACCAGCAUUUUAA